CUUCGACCGUUGGUUUAAAAUAUUUCUAAAUAUAAACCUGCACAAAAGAAACCAUAUGUUGUACGAUGUUCUCAUUACAUUUACAUAUGUGAUUCUUAAAAUAAAAUAUUUUUCGUACUAAAUUGAAAUGAAAGAUUGUAACUGUUCGGGAUGUAGAACUAAGAUCGACAAGUAAGUCUUAAGGAAAAAAAAUAAAAUUUUUAUUUACACAAUGUAUACACAAAUAAAAUCCCAAACGAAUAUAUAUUUAUUACAAUUUACCUUAAACAUCGGUGUCAGAUAUUAUAUAUUUGAAGAGAUGUUAGAAUCUUAAACUCAUUGUAGUAUUUCAGUCGAUUAGUAAGAACAUACAAACACACACAUUAAAGAUUGUUUUGUAAUUGAAAGCGUGUGUCAAGAUUAGAAGAAACCAGUGAUUUUGAGCCAAAUGAUCAAAACUUUGGACAGACAGCUGGAUAAUUUAACAAAGCCAAUUACUAAAACAGUUUCAGGUGUGUUAGGCAAUCAUCAGUGUUUCAUCAGCAGCACCACCUGUAACCGAUGAUGGAAAUAAACAGUUCAUGCGAAUUUGACCAUGCUCAACACGAAAUCAACAUAUGCAUGGGCCACAUUAAUAGUUCAGCUUCACCGGUAACUGUCUUCACAACAAAAAUGGAUGUGGACAAACUAAAUUCUGAGUUGUUUCAGAAAAUUCUCCCAUCGACAAUUUUGUUCACGCUUUUGAACUGUGUGGGUGUUCUCGGAAACCUCCUCGUCUUCCUCGUGUACCUCAGGAAGUUCAAGACCAGCGCCACACGUGUGUUUGUGAUGACCAUGGCCAUGUGCGAUUUCUUGGUCAAUCUUUCUGCGCUUCCUGUGAAUCUCGUGUAUUAUCGCCACAUGUACACCAUCAGCAGUCCAGCUUUUUGUACCAUUACAUACUUGGUGCUGAGAAUCCCUCUCUAUGUUUCUUACUUUGUGUUGGUGUGUGCGAGUCUGGAUCGUCGACGUCGAGUGUGUCAGCCUCUUAGACCUCAGCUGGAUGCACGACAAGCGACCUUCCUCUUGGUUGUGCCAGUCAUCCUGACCGCCAUAGCAACAUUUCCUUUUGUUGCCUUCUACACAGGAGUACAGUUUGCUACCACGACUGGUCUAACUGUCAAACACUGCGGCUUUCAGAGAGAGUUUCCCGGAUACCUUGUCAAACGUACUGAGGGUAUUGUUCUGGCAGUGUACUUUGUCGUUGGCCUCACCCUGACGGUGGGUUCCUACGGUCACAUCCUGUAUCGAGUCAAGCAGCAGAAUAAGAGAUUUCGUGAGAACCUUGCGUGUGGUGGUGGUCAGAAAGAAACUGGCCUGUCCGUCGUGUCUUCUUCAAUCUCAGGUAGAAGAUCUGAGGAGGAAGCCGAAAAUACAUCACACAGUUAUGUAGAGUCACGUGACGAGGAGCGAUGUGUUGCCCAGCCAGAAGGUGGAGCCGGAGAGAUUUUGGUAGAGGACCCCAGUGUGUCUUCGCUACCAGCAAGACGUAGGACGAGUGUCAGGGUACAUCAGUCAAGGAAACUUCUGGCCUCAAAGACAACUCUUGUCAUGUUUGUACUGACCAUCACAACUGUCGUCUGUUACCUGCCGUCUAUAAUCUUGACAGGUUUCCCUGAACUAUUUUACGAGACGGACUUGAACAUCUGGGUCAUGAACUUGAUUGUCACGAAGACUUAUCUUCCGAGCUUAAAAAGCACCAUCAACCCCUUCAUCUACCUUUACUUUAAUCCUAAAUUUCGCUUACACUUUCGACAGUUUUUAAAUUUUUGAAUGUCUUAUUACGACUGGUAGUUAAUUAUGACAGUUCACUGACUUACUAAUGUUAACCAAAUUAUAAAUAAAUUAAAAAAAAUCUCCGGACUCCAUGAAAAAAGUAAUAAAAUGAAAGAAGGAAUGAUUGAAUUAAAGAGCCUCUGUGUGUGUGUGUGUUAAUGUAUGAAGUAGAACACGUGAACUUAAACUUUCACAUAUGGCUUGCGACCCACACUUUUGCUCUUGAAAGCUCUUCAAAGAAAAAAAUCAAAGUUAAAAAAUAAAGAUUUAUUUAAUAUAGAUAUUAUGCAAAAUACAUGUAAAGACUAGUUUUUGUAUUGUUGGGUUUUUUGUAGGUUUUUUUUCUUUUCUUUUUUUGCUUCCUCCACAUGCAACGUAAUGUCCGAGUUCACAUCCCAGCCUUGAUUUUCAGAUAUUCACUUACUCAACUUCCUUUGCUCUUUCUAUCUGCGUCAGUCGGCGAAGAAAAUCAGUUGAAACAAAUGUUUUAUUCAUGAGGUAUGUCUGUCGACACCAUAAAAGGAAAUUUUUGAAACUUUACCAUUUCAUUGCAUUUAUUUUAAUUAUUAUCCGUUUGUGACUUGAAGUAUGUUACCUCAAAGUAAUGUGAGUAUAAGGCAUACAAAUUAGGCAAUUAUGAGCUUUUGAAAAGAAAAAUACCAAAAUGUUGUUAAGUUUUACAACGAAGCUUGUCUGCAGCUGUACCAAAUACUAAUUCAAACAGCAGACUACACUGAACUGAGAAGAUGAUAAAUUUUAACAAUAUAAUCAACCUCUUUUGAGCAAAGAUAAAAAGAACAAGUGAAUAAAGUACAGAAGAAAGUGGUUAAACAUGGCUGCCUGUAGAUAUUGAAAGGAGUCUUGAAGAACCGAGCAGACAGCUGUUUCUAAGUCUUCUGCACACCGACGAGUUUAUUGGUGCAGAGGUUGCUAUAGGAGUUCCACGAAACCUUCUAGUAUUAUUUGUCUAGUUAUUGUCAGUUCCACUCGAGCAUUUGUUCUGACCAGGGCUUGUGUAACUUCCUCAGUAUCCUUCCAUCCUGUUUCCUGCAAAGCAAGGUCUAAGACAGAGCUUACGUCCGGAGUCUUAGCUAGGUUACAUGUGAGGUCUUAAGAUGGGUCUUCAAGUGUCGGUCGCCUUCCCACUCACUUUCAAGUCCUCACGUGCUUAUCUGGCAAGUUUUCAACUUAACAUGGUUAGAAUCCUUAUGAAACUUAAUCCAUUUUUUUAAAUUUACUCCAUGAACUUCUUUUAAUCUCCUAAUCUAAAUCCGUUUGUGAACGCAAGCGGUUCUUGUCGAAGACAAUCAGCUACACAUCGUCCAGAACGGAAGACUUUCAUGUAUAAUCUGCGUCAUGGGAAAAAAUAUCUAAAAACUAUAUAUUCAGGAGAGAGAAAAAGAAAAAUCAAAAGGAUGAUUUUUAGCGGCCAAAAAACCAUGGAAGAAUUGAGCAAGAUACUCUUUGAAAAACUUUUGCCAACAAUCGUGCUUCUUGUUACUCUGAUUGUGGUCGGUGUACCUGGAAACCUGCUCGUCUUCUCUGUUUAU